AAAUUGCGUAGCAGGUCGCGCGCGCGGCGGCCGCUCGUUACGCUGCGAGCGCCUACGCGAAGCCCGGCGGAGACCGACGCCGCGGACUCUCCCUCUUCCGGUUAGGCCUACACGCCUUUCCCCAUUGCGAAAGCGUCGUCCGUGUAUGGCCGUGGGAUCAGCGUCGGCGGCCAGCAGCAGCAGCAGCCUGGAAAACCAGUGAAGCGUCGGAUGCGGCGGCCCGUCCGGCGGCCGGAGCAGUGCGUGUAGUGUGGCAGUGUGUGGCAGUGCGAGCAAUCGUCGCUAGUGGGGCCGCAGCGUGCGCGAUGUGAGCGCGCAAAGCUGGCCAAGCCCCGGUCGCGCAGCUGGACGGACUGCCUGGUGUCCGGCCCGUGGCCGGCGCCACCGCCGCAGCGCUCGGUGUCGUCGCUGCUCUCGGCGGCCGGCGGCGGGAGAGGCCUCGCCGCCGCUGGCUCCUGGUACGGCUCCUUCGGCUCGCACGCCGCGCCCAUGGACCUGGGCCCGAGCCUUGCCGAGUGGACGCGCGAGCAGCCGCUCAGCAUCCUGCAGUUGGACCCGGCCGAUCGGGCCGUACUCCGCAUCGCCGACGAACGAGACGCGAUCCAGAAGAAGACCUUCACCAAGUGGGUCAACAAGCAUCUGAUCAAGCACUGGACCUUCCUGGAGGCCAACAAGCGCGUGGAUGAUUUGUUCGUGGACCUCCAGGAUGGCCACAGUCUGCUCUCGCUGCUGGAGGUCCUCUCUGGUGAGACGCUGCCCCGCGAGAAGGGCCGCAUGCGGUUCCACAUGCUGCAGAACGUGCAGACGGCGCUCAACUUCCUUCGCUACCGCAAGGUCAAGCUGGUCAACAUCCGCGCCGAGGACAUCGUCGACGGGAACCCCAAGCUCACGCUGGGGCUCAUCUGGACCAUCAUCCUGCACUUCCAGAUCUCUGACAUCACAUUCACCCAGAACAACGAGAACCUAACUGCAAAGGAUGCUCUCCUUCGCUGGGCUCAGCGAACUACCGACCGAUAUCCAGGCGUCAAGGUGCGGGACUUCACCACCAGCUGGCGUGAUGGAUUGGCCUUCAAUGCUAUCAUUCAUCGAAACCGACCCGACCUCGUGGACUUCCGUUCGUGUCGGACACGAACAGUCCGCGAGAACCUUGAGGUGGCCUUCUCUGUGGCUGAGCGAGAGCUCGGUGUCACAAGGCUGCUGGACCCCGAAGAUGUGGACACCCCCCAGCCCGAUGAAAAGUCCCUCAUCACAUACAUCUCCUCGCUGUAUGAUGUGUUCCCUGAGCCAGCGAGCCACCACCCGUUUGCGGAAGACGAGAAGCUGCGCAAGGCAGAAGAGUACCGGGACCUCUCGAGCAACCUCCACACGUGGCUGCGCCAGAGUACGGCAUUGUUGCAGAGCCGCAGCUUCCCACCCACGCUCUCCGAGGUGAAGCAGCUGCAGACGGAGAACGUGCGCUUCCGCCAAGAGGAGGUGCCCCCACGGCUGCAGGACAAGCAGCGGCUGACCAAGCUGUGGCGUGACGAAGUGCACUCACUGGUGCGGGAGCAGCGGCUGCACGUGGAUGUCGAGCUCACACCCGACAACCUCGAGGCAUCCUGGCAGCGCAUGCUGGCCGCACAUGCUGACCGGGAGCGGGCUCUGCGGGAUGAAGCAACGCGGCUCGAGAAGCUGCAGAGGCUAGCUGAGAAGGUCCAUCGCGAGGCCAAGAACUGCGAUGCUCGCCUGGACGAUGUGGAGCGGCGCAUAUCGGAGGAGGAGCCACGGCUUGGGCGGCUGCAUCCGGCCGACGCCAAGCGCGUCUGCGACCAGGUGGACCGUGACUUGCGCCACAUUGAGGACACCCUCAAGGCUCUAUUCCGAGAUGUGCAGCUGCUUUUUGAUGGCCGUUAUCACCGGGCUUCAGAGCUGCACAAGCUGGUCCAGAAAUUGCACCAGCGCUGGUCAGACCUCCGGCUGGCAUACCAGCAGCGGCUGCUGGCACCGCUCUCGAGCAAGCAGUACAAGCUUGAGGAGCGAAAGGUGACCAAGCAGCGGCAGGUGAUCUCUGAAAGCCGGCUGGUGGAGACGCACGAGUACCUCAAGUUCCUGCAGAGCUGCCUCGACUGGGUGCAGGAGAAGCUGCGACAGCUCGAGACCGUUGAGUGGGGCUGUGAGGUGCCUGCUGUGCAGUCAGCCCUAGAUCGGCACCAGGCCGACCACCGGCUCAUCGACCAGUUCCAGAAAAAUGUGGACAUGUGCAUCUCGAGGCAGGGACACUUUGAAGAAGGCAGUGAGGAACGUGCGCAGUACCAGAAGCAGCUGGCGCAGCUGGAGCGUGACUACUCUGAGCUGCUGGUGCUGUCCAACAAGCGACUGAGCGACCUGGAUGCGCUGCUCGAGUUUGCCCAGUCAGCAGCCGCCGAGCUGCGCUGGCUGCAGGAGCGGCAGCAGCCAGAGAUCAUGCGUGACUGGAGCAGCCCGACCCUGAACCUGGUCGAGCUGGAGCACCAUCAAGGGACGCUGACAGCCGAGGUUGAGGCACGCGAGUCGGCCUUCAAUGCAACGCUGGACCAGGGGUCAUCCCUCGUGCGCCAGCAGCACCCAGCCGCACGCGCUAUCGAGGCGCAGCUUAGCGCACUGCAGGCACAGUGGGCUUGGCUGCUCGAGCUGCUGCGCGCCCUAGAGGCCCAUCUGCGACAUGCCGCGCACUACCACCAGUUCUUCAAGGAGGCUCGCGAGUGCGAGCAGUGGUUGCAGCGCGGAGAGGAGAGACUCAACACGACUUUCAGCCGACCCAGCUUCUCGCUGGAAGAGGGCGAGCGGCUGCUGCAGCAGAUGCAGGAGCUGCGCGAGGACUUGGCACGCUACGCGGGCAUUGUGAAUGCGUUGCUCGAGCGCUCUCGCCAGGUGCUGCCCCUCAAGCAGCGGCGUGCACCGUUGCCCCGUGCUCUGCGGGUCACUGCUGUGUGCAGCUACAGCCAGCUGAAUAUGACGGUGGCUCGUGGUGAGCAGUGCUGGCUGCAUGACAACACCCAGCGGGACCGAUGGAAGGUGGCCAAUGCCAAGGGACACGAGGGCCAAGUGCCGGGUGUCUGCUUCAUGAUCCCACCUCCCAACCAAGAGGCUGUUGAGCUGGCCGAGAGCCUCAAACGCAAAUACGACCUUGUGGUGAAGCUGUGGACGAAGAAACAGCAUAAGCUGCGGCUCAACAUGAUCUUUGCCACCAUCAAGAUUGUCAAGGCCUGGGACCUCAAGACGUUCCGGGCUAUGGAGCCAAACCAACGCGAGUCGAUCAUUCGUGCACUCAACGAAGAUGCCGAGAAGCUGCUUGCUGAAGGCGACCCAACCGACCCCGACAUGCGACGUCUCCGUGAAGAAAUUCGUCUCUGCAACAAGUUGUUCGAAGAUCUCAUGGCCAAGCUCCGUGAGGAAGAAGCUGAGAAGUCACCCGAGAGCCCAAGUCGCCGCUUCGCAGACCUCUCAGCUCGGCUGGAGAAACUGCUGCAGGAGAAGGAGCGCACAUUGAACUCGCGGGUACAGGCACACAUCCCACGAGACAUCGACAGCCUCGAUGCCCUCGUGGUGCAGCACAAGGAGUUUGAAGAAGGCCUGCAGGAUCUGGAGCCACAGGUGGCCGAGAUGCGGGUGGCCUUCAAGCAGAUGACCAAAAAGACUCCGACGACCCAGGAUCGGCAUGAUGGGGUGGUGCGCCUCUGGGAUCGCAUCUGGAAUCUCUCUCACCUAUAUGUCGAGCGGCUCAAGGCUGUGGAGAUAGCCAACCACGGCCUUUCAGAGGCAACAACGUUUGUUUCGUCCGUUGAAGAACAGCUUGCCGCGCAGGGUCCAAUGCCCGAAGAGCAGAGCGCCCUGAGGCAGGUGCAUGAAGAUCUGGUGGCACUGCAGUUGGAGCUCCAGCAGCAGCAACCUCAGCUGGACCGGCUCGCUGAAGAUGUGGCCAGUGUCCGAAAGGUGACAGAACGCUCCCGCCCCAGUGCCUAUUCACAUCCAGAUGUCCGUAAACUGGAGGAUGACCUGCGCAAAGUUGUGCGCCGUUGGGACAAUGCAGCCAACCAGCUGGCCGAACGGCUGCGCAGCUGUGAGGCAGCCUCGGAGCUGCUGCGUGCCUACCGGAACAAAAUGGACGAAGAGAGGAACUGGGCAAGCCAGGCGACAGUGCGGGUGAAUGCGGUGAAGACGGCUCGCCCCUCCGUGGAUCGGCAGCAGGCUCUGGACCUGUACACUGAGGUCAGUGGCAGGCGGCCGCGCAUUGAGGAGGUGAACGUGCUGGGAGGAAGGUUCACCCGUGAGGCCCAGAUCUAUGGCCUGCGGCUGCAGCGCUUUUCCGAGGGCCUCGAGCAAGACCACCCGAGCCUGGAUGGCAGCCUUGCCGCAAAACGGCGCCGGAUGGAGAUGGCGCCUGAUGGGAGCGGUGGAGUGGCAGCUGAAGUGAAUGAGCUCAAUGCUCGCUAUCUUUCCCUGGCUGAGGACCUGGCAAAAGCACUUGACCAGCAGUGCACUGCCGUGCUGACAGAGACUAGUGCAAUCAAGACGCUGACGAAGACAAGGGAGUUCAAGACUUUCACUGAGACCAGUGCUCCCAGGACAUUCACUGAGACUGGUGCACCCCGCACACCACAUGCUGAGGAAGCAGCAGCCGAUCAAGUGGCUUUACCAGAGAUUGUCCGAAGUGGUGCCUUGAGGACAGAUCGCUGGGUGUUUGUGGACAUAGCCACAGGACGAGAGUACAGUUUGGAUGAAGCUUUUGCCAAAGGGCUUCUCGAUUCAAGGCUCAAGGCAGCUCUCCUGGAACCCUGUGGCAUCAGAGAUGCCUCGGGGACUGAGCUGAGUUUGCGUGCUGCCAUUGAUAAAAAGUUGUAUGACCCCAAACGGGCCACUCUUCUGAGCCCCAAAAGUGGCCGACCAGUCACUGUCGAGGAAGCCAUUCAGCUCGGCAUCAUAAAGCGCGAGAAAGUGGUGUACUUGCUUAGGCUUCGUUUGGUCAGGGUAACUGAGCUGUCACUAGCCGAGGCGCGCGACAGGGGCUUGGUGAAUCUAGUGACUGGCUUCAUCAACGAUCCCAAUACUGGAAUACCGGUAUCACUUGAUGAGGCGUUUGCUAAGGGUUGGUUGGUACGAGAACGAGUUGAGGAUAGUGAGGGCAUGACUUUGUCAUACGCUUUAGACACUGGGCUGGUGGAUGAUACCACUGGGAAGCUGAGAGACCAGCAUUCAGGAGACCGGUACACACUGCGAGAGGCACUUGCCCAGGGCCUUCUGUCUGCAGACACUGCAGAAGUUGUGGACACACGUGAGGGUGCCUUGGUGACGCUGCCUCAAGCCCUUCAUGAUGGACUGUUGUUGGAUACAGGUCGAUAUGUAAACGCUGCCACACAAGAACAGUACACACUGGCUGAGGCACGAAAGCUACAGCUGCUGACCCCUUCUUUGACUCUCAAGGAUGCCCAUGACCGCAGUCUGUUAGAUGAGGAUGGCCAGGUGAAAAAUCCCUGGACGGGCACCUGGAUGACUCUUCUCGAAGCCAUUGCUAUUGGUCUGCUGGACCCGUAUGUGAAGUGCAUUGUGCACCCCAGAACACAGGAGGCACUGUCACUUUCUGAAGCCCUCGCACAGGGAGUCAUCACGCCAGAUGGCAAGUUUGUCAAUCUGGUGACACGUGAAGUGCUUACUCUCAGCCAGGCAGUGCGCCUUGGCCUUGUUACAUCGGUUUGUCAAAAAACAAUAUUCAAUGUCUCAGCCUUCCAGGACCCCAUAUCAGGUGAGAGUCUCAGUUUCAAUGACGCUGUAGCGCAAGGCCUUUUGAAUCCCAAAACUGGUGUUCUCACAUGGAAAGAUACACGGCGAAAAAUUCCUUUUGAAAAGCUGGUUGAAGAGCAAAUUAUGCAGCCACAAAUUUUUGAAAUGUUCCGCAGGAGAAUUGGCUUGAAGGAUGACAGUGGGCAAGAGCUGAUGCUCUCAGAUGCCGUGUUUAAGGGUCUGAUUGACCCAAACACUGGCCAGAUACGAGACAGAAAAACAAAGCUUCCCAUCCCCUUGAAGGAGGCACUUGCAAAGGGUGUAAUCACUCCUGAGGGAGCAGCACUCCUGCGCGGCCUGCUGAGAAUCACAGUAAGCACUGCCACUGUGACCAAGACUAUCACUCGCUAUGUUACUGUUUCAUCACAUGGCUCUCAGGAUGCACCGCUGACUGCGGAGGAUCAAACACUGCAGGAAGCUGUGCAAAGUGGCCUGCUCGGUCCUGAGACGGAGUGGCCUGCAGACAUGGGUGACCUCGCCAAGCGAACGCCUAUAACCCCAGAGCCCGUUCGUAGAACUGAGGCCCACCUGAUGUAUGAUGACACACAAGAUGUGGCUGGGGAAAGAACUGUGUUGCAUAGCAGCAGAAAGGUUAUUGACACACAUUUGCUCACAAUAGGACAACAUGGCGACAUUGCAGAUCAGGUCGAUCAGCUAAUAAAAGAUGUCCCACAGGAGCACAUUGUGACAGAUGCUGGCUUACCCGGAAGGAAGACCCAAGGCUCGCCAUCUAGAGAGGCUGCUGAUGCUAAGGAUUUCUCCAGGCCACAAAAGGAACGCAAAGUUCCUAUUACUCAUGCACCAUCCCUGACUGCCGAUGAGGAAGAGAGCGUACACACUGUUACUUAUCACGUAACAUCCAGACAUGAAUUUUUUGAGAAGUCUCAGGUUGUUCAUGACAUGCACGCAGACACACUGAAAGAAAUGUCAGACGAAGACACAAGAGAUGUUUUUGGCCGUGACACAGUUCGAUCUAGGAGCCCAGACAGGGACAGGCCUGACAAGAAGAGUGAGGAGGCAAAGGACAGGGUACCCACAAGCACAGUCGGCAAGCAGCCUAGCGACACAUCCUCUCCUAUAAGAAAAAUGAGCCCAACUAAAACUCCUGCCAAGGGCAAAGAACAACCCACUGCUGACCAUAAACAGUCUGCGCAGAUGAAGAGGCCUGCAAAGCCUGAAGCUGCUGCAGGCAAACCAGUCUCAAGAACCUUGCAUGACAAACACGAUGCUUCAGAGCACAAGAGUGUUGAAGACGUAAGAGUCUCGGUGACCCAAACGUCCACAAAGACUGUUGACAUUUCCCACCACGAGAAACUUUUUCCAACUAAGGAAUCUGAGCAGGCUCAAAGCACACAAUCCCCACCAACUGUUCCAGCUAAAGGCAGAAAAGACCUGCCUUUGGGUCAGAAACCAUCAGAAGGCAGUCCUGUGAAAACAAGAGAGCCGUUUACUAAGCAUGUGCUGUCAGAGGACGUUACAGAAAGUAAGGAGUCUGUGCUUAUUGAGGAAAUGCUAGAGGAAACCCUUGAAGAAUCCCGAAUGCAUGAUGGCCAUGAGGGCCGGCCAGGGGUGCAUCUGAAUGGUGGCACAGAAGUAAAAAAAUCUGGAGCUUUAGAACCAUCCCCACCAAGACAAAAGUGUCCUGCAGUACCGAAAAGCAAGGUGUCGCCAUCAAAAAGCAAACCAGAAAUUAAGGAUCUCUCUCCAAAAGAGAGUAUGCCUGAAACAGUGGAAAGCAGAGAUGUAUCUUCAUUGAAACAGAAGGAGCCGACGAUGCAAGACAGCAAAGGUAGAAAGCCCUCGAAAGAAAAGUCGCCUUUUAGUGGCACAGUGCCAGGAAGAGAUGCAUCUCCUACUAAAAAGGCUCCAGCAUCACCUGAAAGGAGAGAUCGAUCGCCACCUAAAAAAACUAUUUGUGUUCAUGAUAUCAAAGAUGAGGCCCCUAAUGAAGCUGUGUUCACAGUGGAAGACAGUAGCAUUUCUACAUUCAGACAGACAGGACCAGUGUCACCAUUGAGGAAGUGGGCAGAAGCAUCUGAGGAUAAAGACAUCCUUCCUUUGAAAAUUAAGCCUGAGACACCCAACAGGGAAGAUGUGUCACCAGCAAAAGGGAUGUCUGAAUCACCAAGACGCAGAGGUAAGCUUUCACCUGAACAGGAGCUUUCUGAGACACCUAAAAUCGGAGAAACAUCAUCUAAACAGAAGGUGCCUUCAGCUCUGGCAAGGAGAGAUUUUUCACCGGCAAAAAAGAUGCCUGUAUCACUAGGUGAAAAUGACGUGCCGUCAUUGAAAAUGGCUGCUAGAACACCAGCAGACAAUGGCACUACGCCAGAAAAGGUGACGCAAGAAACAGACCAAAGAGGCGGGUUUCCAAAAAAGGACAUGCCUGGAGCUCCCGAUGAAAAAGACGCAUCUUAUAAAAAGGUGCCUAUAGCACCAGAUGACAGUGCAAUGCCACAGAAGUUGUUGCCUGGAACGCAAGAGGAAGGAGAUCUAAUGCCACUCGAAAAUGUGCCUGGAACACCUGGAGGUGUAGAUGUGUCUCAUGUGAAAAAACUGCCUGUGAGAACAGAUGAAAAGGAUGUGUCCUUACUGCAAAAGGUGACCACUACACUGGAGGUCAGAGACAUAUCACCACCUGAAAGGAUGCCUGGAUCAUUGGAGGAAAGGGAUGCAUCCCCAUCGAAGAAGGUACCUGAAACACCAGUGGGCAGGGAUGUGUCACCACGUAGAAAGGCACCUGCACCACCAGGUAAAAGAGAUGUUUCCCAACCAGAAAUAUCUCGAAUACCAGAGGAAAAGGAUGUGUCACCAUGUAAAAAAGUUUCAGAGUCGCUAGAGAAGGAUGAGGUGUCACUACCUAAAGAGGCACCUCUGUGUCCUAGGAAAAGAGAAGUGUCCCCUUCCAAAAGGAUGCCAGAGGGGAAAGAGGUAAUCCCAUUGAGGCAAGUUUCAGGAACACGAGAGAGCAGAGAGGUGUCGCCAACAAAAGAAAUUUUUAAUAUGCCAGUAAAAGGAGUGUCCCCACUAAAAAAUGUGCCUGAAACACAAGGAGGAAGAGAUGUGUCCCCACCAAAAAUGGUGCCAGGAAUGCCAGAGGCAGGAGAAGUGUCAGCCUGGAAAAAGGCACCUGGUGGCCCAGAAGGAAAAGUGUCACCUUCGAAACAUGUGCCUGGAUUGCCAGAAAAAAGCAAUGCCUCUUCACCAACAAGGAUCUCUCCAACGCCAGCAGGAAGGGGUAUGUCCCCACUUCAAAAGGCACCUGGAACACUACAAACCAAGGAUACAUUGCCAUCUAAACUUGUGCCUGGAUUGCCAGAGAAGAUGGAUGUGUUGCCAUCGAAAAGGACACCUGAAACGGCAGAGGACAGAGGGGUGUCCCCACAAGGAAAUGCACCAGGAACAUCAGAGGAAAGAGCAGGUUUACCAGGUCGAGAGGCAGCUGGACCAGCAGAAACAAGAGAUAUGUUGCCAUCUAAACAGGUGUCUGGAUCGCCAGAGAUGAGGGAUAUGUCACCACCAAGAAGGACACCUGAAGUAACAGAGGAUAAGGCAGUUUCCCCAUCAAAAAAGCCACCGAGAACAGUAGAAGAAAGAGAGGUGUCCCCAGUGCGAAAGGAACUUGAAAUGCUAGGAGGAGGAGAUGAGCCAUUACCUAAACACAUGCCUUUGUCACCUGAGAGGCGGGAUGUGUCGCCACUCAAGAAGACGCCUGGCACACUGGAUGACAAGGACAAAGAGGUGUCCCCCUUAAGAAGUGCACCUAAAAUGCCAGAAGGCAGAGAUAUGUCACCUUCUAAAAAGGAGCCUGGAAAGCUUGAAGAAAAAGGUCCUUCCUCACUGCAAAAGGUGCCUAGCAGACCUGAUGGCAGAGAUGCUUCACCACCUAUAGCCUCUGGAACACAUGAGGCAAGAGAUAUAUCCCCACUGAAAAAGGUGCAUGGAACACCACAGGCCAAGUUACCACCAUCUAAAAAGGCUCCUGGUUCACCAGAGAAAAAGGAGGUAUCCCCAUCAAGGAAAAAGAUCCCAGAAACCACUGAGACCAGAGAUAUGCCUCCACUGGAGAAAACCCCUGAGAAGACUGAAAGCAGAGAUUUUGUACCAGAACAGAAAAGCCCUGUGAUAUCAAAAAGCAGGGAUAAGUCUCCACCAAAAAAACCUUCUGGAGCACCUGGAAGCAGAGACACAUCUCCAUCAAAGCAGAAGGUGCCUGAUACACGAGAACACAAAGAUGUAUCCCCUGUGAGACGAACACAUGAAACACCAGAGACAAGAGGGGCAUCUCCAGUGAAAAAGCUACCUGAAAUGCUAGAGCAGCGAGAUGUUUCCCCGUCAAAAAAGGCACCUGGAAGACCAGAAAGCAAAGAUGUAUGGCUGCCUACACAAAAUAUGCCUGAAACACCUGACAGUGCAGAAAAGUCUCCCUCUAUGCAAGAAGUGCCUGUAGAACCAGGACAGAUAGAUGCAUCCCUACCGAGAAAUGUGCCUGAGAUGCUGCAGAGAAAAGAUGGACUCCCAUUGGAGGUAGUGCCCAAGAAACUGGAAACCAGGGAUGUGUCCCCACCAAAACAGAAGCUGCCUGAAGUACCAGAAGGCAGAGACGUUUCACCAUCAAGAAAAAUGCGAUCAAAACCAAAGAGUCGCGAAGCUUCCCCAUCAAAACAAAGGGUGCCAGAAACAGUGAAAACUGCAGAAGCAUUCCCGCCAAAUGAACAGGCACCUGAAGCCAUUGACAGCAGACAGCAUAAAUUUGAAGUAGAAGUCCUCGACAUUCCUUCUGGUGGGUGGUAUCUGAAGGAUGCAAUUGAACAGAGGUUGUUUGAUGCCAAGGAAGGACUGUUCCUUAUACCAGGCACUGACAGGCUAGUGUCCUUAGAAGAGACACUGAAAAUGCAGAUCGUAAACUCUGAUUCAGCAACUGUACUUGAACCUGGUUCGAGGAGAACCCUUACACUGACGAGAGCACUGGAAAAGAAUCUGCUUAGUGCAACUGGACAUUAUCGUGAUGCAAAGACAAAACAAACAUGGACCAUGGAAGAGGCAAUCAAGCAUAAAGUUGUGAUUCUGCUACAACGUCCAGAUAGUGCAGCCCCUGGGCAUGGGCCAACGAGGUCUAUCCAUGUGACAAGGGUUGCUGGCCAACCAGACAUAGUAGAGGUGAAAGCAAGAGAGCUGGAGGCACCUAAGCAAGACUUCCCAAAGUUUUCUGACCUUGAAAUAGAGGAACUUUCAGGCAACGGCUUCAGGAGACCUGCAGAAAGGGCACCUGGCACAGCAUCGGGAGUUGCAAGCAUAUUGAAAGGCAGCCCAGAAAAUGAAGUAAUUAUUCGAGAAGCAGGCGGGCAAAACGAAAUCAAGUUAAAGGAUGCUGUUGGGAAAGGAAUUAUAGAUUUAGAUACUGACACUUACACUGACAAAAAUACUGGCCACAGGUGGAAAAUUGAAGAUGCUGUCAAAGCAGGCAUGCUUGCCAUUGUCGGCGCACCACUUCUUUUGGGAGCGAAGGCAAUUGAAGCCCUUCGAGAAUCGGCCACUGAUGAAAUGAUUCAUGCAACGGCUACAUGCACAGAGCCGAUUCGUACUACCCGCGAAAUCACCAAAGUGGUUCGUCACACAAGUUUGCACAUCAGGGAUACUGCUACUGGCCGAGAGGUACCCUUGGAAGAAGCAGUGGCCUUGGGACUUAUCGACGAAGAAGCUGCCCGAGAACUAGAGGAUAGUGCAAAGACCACCACCGAGCAGAGUGUGCACACCACAACCACAGUGCUUGUCACAGACCCUGUGACUGGGGAGACCACAACGCUCGCUGAGGCCCUUGAGGAGGGCCGCCUUGAUCCAGAAACAGCAGCCAAGCUCCAGCGGGGCAAUGUUACUGGCAUUGUGACUAGUGUACAGACCUGUCUUGAGGGUUCAGGCAAGGGCAGCACAGUGGCAUACCAAGAAUUGCUCAGUGCUCCCAGAGAAGUUGCAGGCAAACAUAUAGAAGAAGUGAGGUAUGCUGUGCCGCGCUUUGAGGUAACGCUAGGAAGGGCGACAACAUCCCAGCUACCUACCUUGCAGAAAGUGCGCAGACUGAUACUCAGCCCUACAGAAGCCCGGAACAGGGGAAUUGCAGACAAAGGCUUAGUGCUAGAACCUCGUCAAGGGCACUGGUUGCCUCAAAGUGAAGCAGAAGCUGCAGGUCUUGUAGAUGUUACCACAGGGGACGUGCUCAUGCCCGUGGGUCGGCCACUGUCGCUGCCUGAGCUUGUGGAACAAGGGCUUGUGGAGCCAGGAACCCAGCGGAUUGUGCAUCCAGAGACUGGUACUCUCUUAACACUGGAAGAGGCAGUUCUCUGCGACAUUGCUAACCCGAUGUCUACUGUACCAGGGCCAGAGUCUCCGUUAACUCUAGAGGAGGCACUUGUCUCUCAGGUUGUUGACAAGGAGUCUGGUUCUCUUGCAGUGGCACCAGGCACUUUAGUGACCCUUAUUGAUGCUGUACGGAAGCUGAAAGUAUUUGACAAGCUUGACACGCCCAAGUCUGUGGUUCCCAUACCAAAGCUUGCCUUAACUUUUCCUGUUGCAUUGCGUCGGGGUGUCGUUAAUGUGACUGAGCACACGUACACUCACCCAGUUUCGAAAGAAGUAAUGACUCUGGAGGAGGCCAUUAAAAAUGGCUUGCUUUUGCCUACUCCCUCAAUCCCCACACAAGAUAGCCUGCAUGUAUGCGAAGCAAUUGACCAGGGUUUGAUUGACCAAACUACCUUCAACAUGAGGAACCCUCUUACUGGGCAAGAUGUGUCAGUAGAGGAUGCAAUGGACUCUGGUCUUUUGCAGCUUGUGCCAUUUGACAAGUCAAAAUUCAGGUCUUAUGGUAAUGUGGAGCACAGCAUCAGAUACAUUGCUCCUGUGCUUCACCAUACUACAGUAAUUAGAGGCACUACCAUCAUCAUUAGGCCUGGUUACACUAUGCCAAAACCAGGUCAGGUGAAAAAUGUGGACACUGGUGAGGUUUUCUCUUUAGAUGAGGCUAAAGAACUUGGUAUUGUUCAGGUACAGGAAUCUAUAGAAAAGCCCACUUUAUUGGAAGCUGUGCAGCAAGGUUUGGUUGAUUUAGAGCGAGGUCUGUACAUUGCAGAUGGUGUCACUAUUCCGAUUGCUGAGGCAUUUUCCACACACCUCUUAGCUCGUGACAGUACAGGCUCAUUACAGCCUGGCAAGUACACCCUCAUUCAACUGUUUGAACUUCACUAUGAUGAUGAUAUGCAUUUGUUUUGGGUCCCAGGCAGCAGCCAGCCUUUGAGCCUUGAUGAAGUGACAAAAGCCGGGUAUCUAGAUCUAAGUACAGUGCUGCUUGACAUUGAUGAAGGUCGUGUUUUCACUGUUCAAGAUGGUAUCAGCUCAGGCUACAUUGACACUGAAACUGAAAAACUUGCAAGGCAUGGCCGUGAACCCUUAUUCAUAUGGGAGGCCAUCAGAUCUGGAAUUUUGGUGGCCAUUGAUGCACCCUUGCUUCCGAUGUUGCCAAGGAGAUUUGGGACAUUGACUGAUUAUGGACCUGAAGAGGUCAAAGGCCGUCUGGCUCCUUCAAAGCAACAUUCACCUGGCCGUGCUACUGAAGCUGGGGGUGUUAUUUCUGCUGAAGAAUCUGCAGUGCCAAAGAGGCCAGCCAGGAAAGUGCGACCUGAGUCACCAGGCAGCAAGUGGACUGCAGCUAGUCCGCUGUCGCCUAGCAAGGAAGUUGCACCCAAGUCUCCAACAAAAGAAGUUGCACCCGGGUCUCCAACAAAAGAAGUUGCACCCAAGUCUCCAACGAAAGAAGUUGCACCCAGGUCUCCAACGAAAGAAGUUGCGCCCAGGUCUCCAACGAAAGAAGUUGCGCCCAAGUCUCCUACGAAAGAAGUUGCGCCCAAGUCUCCUACAAAAGAAGUUGCGCCCAAGUCUCCUACGAAAGAAGUUGCGCCCAAGUCUCCAAUGAGAGAAGUUGCGCCCAAGUCUCCUACGAAAGAAGUUGCGCCCAAGUCUCCAAUGAGAGAAGUUUCGCCCAAGUCUCCGACGAGAGAAGUUUCGCCCAAGUCUCCGACGAGAGAAGUUGCAGCCAAGUCUCCAACGAGAGAAGUUGUGCCCAAGUCUCCAACGAGAGAAGUUGUGCCCAAGUCUCCAACGAGAGAAGUUGUGCCCAAGUCUCCAACGAGAGAAGUUGUGCCCAAGUCUCCAGCGAGAGAAGUUGCGCCCAAGUCUCCUGCGAAAGAAGUUGCAGCCAAGUCUCCAACGAGAGAAGUUGUAGCCAAGUCUCCAGCGAGAGAAGUUGCAGCCAAGUCUCCAACAAGAGAAGUUGCAGCCAAGUCUCCAACGAGAGAAGUUGCAGCCAAGUCUCCAACGAGAGAAGUUGCAGCCAAGUCUCCAACGAGAGAAGUUGCAGCCAAGUCUCCAACGAGAGAAGUUACGCACGAGUCUCCAACAAGAGAAGUUGCACCCAAGUCUCCUGCGAAAGAAGCUGCAGCCAAGUCUCCAACGAAAGAAGUUACACCGAAGUCUCCACCAAAGGAAGUUACCUCAACAUCUCCACUCAGGGAAGAAAUUUCUCUGAGAUCCACACCCAAGGAAAUUCCUUCAAAGUCUCCGUUUAAAGAAGUACUUUCAAGGCCUGCUUCUAAGGUUGUUGCAUCAAAGUCUCCAACCAGAGAAGUGGCUCCCAAGUCUCCAACCAAGGAGGCUUUCCCGAUAUCUCCAGAUAAGGAGGCAUUUUCUAAAUCUCCUGACAGAGAAGUCCUAAAGUCUCCUUUAAAGGAAGUGGCUGCGAAAUCUCCAGAGAAGGAACCAUUUGCAAGAUCCCCAGACAGGGAGGUUUCAAAGUCUCCGACUAAGGAUAUUUCCCCAUCUCCAACUAAGUCCACUCCUAAGUCUCCAACAAAGGAAGCUGUUCCAAGAUCCCCAGAUAGAGAAGUGAAGCUGAAGUCUCCAACCAAGGAAGUUGUUUCAAAGUCUCCAACUAGAGACAUUGCUUCAAGGCCUUCACCAAGGGAAGCUUCUUCAAUUAAAGAAGUUGCACAAAAGUUGCCAACAAAGGAAGUUUCGCUGAAGUCUCCAGCCAAGGAGGUAGUUACAAAAUUUCCAACCAAGCAGACGUCUCCAAAGUCUCCACCCAAGGAAGUUGCUUCUAGACCGCCAAUGAAAGAAACUUCCCCGAAAUCUCCACUAAGGGAAGAUUCUUCAAAAUUGCCCACCAGACCUGCAGAUCGGAAAGCACCGGCUAAGAUGCCACCAGGUCACCUAGCUAGAACUGAGGAAGAAGUUUUGCCUACUACUGAAGUGUCGACUUUCAGUAGCACUGAAGUGGUUGUGAAACAGACAUUCACAGAGUACCGGAAAGACUACGAAGCAGAGCUGGUGGUAGGGCAGAAACUGCCCCUGCGUACACUUGUGCAGCGAGAUGCAAUGGCACCUAGGAACUUUUUGGUGUUUAUUCCAAGCUCGGGACGAACAAUGCGCUUGGAGGACGCGCUGGCCACAGGGCAGGUCACUGACGACGACAUAGUGAUGGUGCGUAGCAUGAACGAGCUAGUGGUCAUGGACCUGGUGGCUCCUGAGUUUACGCUGGACUCUGCCACUUCUGAGGGGAUGUACAACACAAAGCUCAAGACUUUCACCAACCCCAAGACAAAGAAGCCAAUCUCCUUUGCUGAAUUUGUGGCCAGAAAAUUUGUUGACUUUUCCAAUGUCGCUGUUCAAGACUUUAAGACUAAAAAGAUGAUUACGCUGGAGGAAGCUCUGGAGCGAAACGUUGUGGACAGAGAGACAGGGCAAAUGGUGCACCCAGAAACAAGGAAGCCCGUCUCCUUCUUUGAAGCAAGUGUCUUGGGCUGGAUUGUCUGGGAGACCGUGGUUGUCACCCAGACAGGGCGGCUGACUCUAGCUCAGGCUAUUCGCGGGCUCAGCUUUGAUCAAGAAAAGGCGGCAGCGCAGGAGCGAUGCAAGACCUGUGAUGAAGAAAUUGCCCAGCUGUCCCAAUGGAUCGAAGACAUUGAGCUGCGACUUGCCAACCUUGGUGCUGUCUCGGAGAACUUGGAGAGCUUGCGACAGCAGCUGGCAAUUGCCAAGUCCCUGCGUGAGGAGCUGGAGUUGAAGCAGCCGCGAGUGCUGUCGUUGUUCGACGAGGUCCGGCAACUGUCCUCCAAUGAGCUGCUUUCACGUGAUGAAACUGAUGCCCUGCAGCGGCCCCUGGCCCAAUGUCGUGGACGCCUCGAGCUCUGCCAGGAGCGCAGUGAGCGCCUUGCACGACGCCUGACUGCCGCUCUUGAGGAGCUGCUCAAGUACACAGGGGAGAUGCAAGUCUUCAGGACAUGGCUUGACAAUGCCCGCAAGGUCUUGGCCAGGCAUGAGGAACUGUUGGAUGACAUCCGGAAUGUGGCUGACAAUGCUGAUCACUACAGAGCAUUUUCUAGUGAUGUGAUUGCCCACCAAGCAGACCUUCGUUUCAUCACCAUGGCUGCCCAGCGGUUUGUGGAUGAGUCUAAGGAAUAUCUCCGCAUGCUGAAUGACCACCGCACAAGCCUGCCACAAAGGCUGAGCCAUUUGGAGCCCUCGGAGAGUGAGGUUCGCACUGAGGUGUCUCACGUGAGCACCGAAUACCAGAACCUACUAAGCCGUGUAAACAAGCUCGGGGACCAGUUUUCGGGCCUGACAGAACGCAAGCGUGCCUACCAUGAGGCCAUGGAGAGGGCCACAGCUUGGCUAAAUGAAGCACAGCGCAGUGCCAAGCGGCUGCUUGAGGAGCCGACGGCAGCUGAGCCACCCGCAAUCCAGGAGCAACUGGAACGUGUGCGGGCCUUCCACCUUGAGGCAGUCGGCCAGGGGCGGCUGAUCGAGACGGCGAAGCAGGCAGCGCAGGCGCUGCCACCGUCUGGUGGACCUGCCGUCGAGGAGGCUGUGCGCAACCUGGAGGAGGUGUACCAGCAGAUGCUGUCGCUUGUGGGCGAGCGCAGCAAACAGCUGCAGACUGCACUUGUGCAGUCGCAGGACAUUGCAGACGGCCUGGACCGAGUGCUGCGACUGCUUGAUGAGCUCGAGGCCACCCAGCGUGGCCAGAGCGCCAAGCUUGCCAGCUUGAUGAGGGAUCGUCUUGAUGAGCAGAUUCAUGAACACCGUGUGCUGCGGUCAGAAAUCGAUGGUCAGCGUCCAUUUAUAGAUGCUCUCAACGCUUCAGCACGGGAGCUGCCUGGCAAUGCUCGCUUGGCCAAGAAAGUGGAGGCCAAGCUCAAAGACAUCAAUAGCCGCUACGAGAAAGUACUUGACAAGUCGUCAAGGAGGGGUGAAUUACUUGAUGAGGUAUCAAGCUGCCUGGACCAAUUCACUGGCAUGGCGAACCGCUUUGAAGAGUGGCUUGCCAGUGUGCUGCAGGCCGUGGAGGGCGAAGAGCAGCCACGCCUUGAGCACGCCAUGAAUCAACGUAACCUGCGCAAGGACGAGUUCGAGGACUUGCUGCGUGCAGGACGUGCCUUGUGUGCCAAACGCGAUGUUACCGAUACUGGGCCUGUGCGUGACAAGGUGAAGCAGCUGGAGCAACAAUGGAAAGAACUCGGUGAAGCGCUGUCUGAGCGGGAGAGGCAGGGACGGCAACGUGCUGAGCAAGGGGCAGCAUACGAGACACUGCGACAGCAAGUGUUGACGUGGCUGCAGACAACUGAGGGACGCCUCGACACCCUUGGUUCUCUGGCCCUGGACCGAGACAUCUUACGCCGACAGGCUGCUGAGAUCAAGCCUCUGGUAAAGGAGCAUGCUGAGUACGCUUCCACCAUGGACCGUGUCAACGAGUUGGGUCGCAGCUAUGAUGCGCUGCGGGUGGACAGCCGCUCACGCCCGCCUGCCCGUAAGGGAGGCAGCCCCCACAAGGAACCCUAUGCCAAUGGCAGCAGCACUCACGAGUCAUCACCCGAAGGAAGGGCACUGCAGAGUCCACAGUCCAGUGCCUCCAGUGGUUUUAGCAGUAGGCACAGCUCGAUCGACCAGUUUGGGCCCCUCGAGGACCUGAGCCCCGUGCAGCAGCAGCUUUCCGAGAUGAACCACCGUUACCACCUGCUCGGUGUGCGCCUCUCAGACCGGCAGCAGGAGGCGGACUCGCUAUCCGAGGAGCUGCGGACAUGCACUGAGGCCAUUCGCACGCUGCUAACCUUUGUCAAGAGCCGUAGCGUGCCCCGUGACUUGCCGACAAGCCAGGAGCUGGCACACCAGCAGCUGUCGCUGCUGCGCGAGCUGCAGACAGAGCUUCAGGAGAAGCAACUUGAGGUGGACCGGGCACGCCUUCAGGCCCAGGAACUGCUGCGGCGCCGACCACAGGCACCCGGAGCCGACGCCCUUCAGGCGCAGCUGGACGAGCUGCUCAGCCGGUGGCAAGGGCUGCAGGGGGCACUGCGCUCGCGCCUCCUCCUGAUACAGUUGCUGAAGGAGUUCCAGGAUACCCACGAUCUUCUGCACAACUGGCUCAUCCAGAAGGACAAGAUGUUCCAGGUGUUGGGUCCAAUUGCAACUGAGCCACGCCUGGUGGCUGCCCAGACACAGCAGGUGUUGUGUAUGCGCGACGAGCUUACAUCACAGGAGCCCCUGCUUCGCCGCUUCACAACCUGCGCACAUGAACUGCUGGACCAGCUGGACGACAAGGAUGGUCCAACAGAACGCCGCCUUCGUGAACAGCUGGAUGGCAUAAAACGCCACUGGGCUGAGAUGGUGUCAAGGCUGGAGGAGCGGGAGCGUGCACUGGGGGCAGCCACUGGAGCUUCUUCCGAGUUCCAAGCAGCUCUGGCCCGGCUCUUGGACAGUUUGCAGGGUGUUGGUGACGACUUCGAACACCUCUCUGAGGCUGGAGAUUGCGAAGCCCAACUUCAUCGCUUGGCAACCCUGGAGGAACGCCUCGAUGCCCAGCGACCACCGCUGGCUGAAGCCGAAGCCCGAGCUGAGAACCUCUGUGAGCUGCUGUCAGAUGCAGCCUCACGCUCUGAGGUCAGGGCCCGCUUGGGAAGUGCCCAGAAGCUCUACAAUGGCCUCAGUCGCAAGAUCAACAACCGUAAGGCUGAAUUGGAGUCGUCCUUGAAGGAGGACCGAGGCUUCUUCUCGAACUGUGAUAGCAUUCAGGAGUGGCUUCGUGGCAUCCAGCUCAGCCUUGCUCCCGACCUGAAGAUCUCGGCCGACACUGACAUUCUGCACCAGCAAGUCACCGAGUUUGAGCCAGCGUACAAGAGCCUGCUAGACAAGGAGCAUGAGGUGCACCUGGUGCUGAGCAAGGGGGCCGACAUGGUCACCCGCAUGAGCCGCAAGCAGGAGGCCCAACAGCUACGCACACGCCUCGACGGCCUGCGCCGCGGAUGGGACCAGCUCCGCAAGGAGGCCACCGACAGGCAUACACGACUGCAACGGGCAUUCGAGAACUGCAAAAAGUUCAACGCUGCCUUCAACAAGUUCGGACCCUGGCUGCAGUCAGCUGAAGGCCGCUUGUCUACUCUGACCCUAGCCAACUACCAGCGUGCUGAGGUGGAGAGGCAGGCCAAGGAACUGCAGGGUGAAGAGUCACAGACCUUCAAAAAUGAUUUGUCAAGGCACAGCCAGGAGUAUGACAGUGUGCGCAACCUGGGUGAAACAUUCCUUGCGGGCUGCGAUGUGGACAAGGACGGCGUCAAGAAGGACUUGGACACGCUCCGCACACGGUGGGAGAAACUGAACCAUGGUGUGUCGGAGAGGAGCCGUCAGCUGGAUGAGGUUUCAAGCAAGCUGUGCGAGUUCCAGGAGAAGGCUGGCGAAUUGGGCCAUGGCCUGCAGCGACUUGAGGACAAGCUUGCGUCCCACGACGCUCUGGGUGAGGCAGCACGCAACCCGCGCCUUCUUGACCGGCUGCAGGGCAUGGCACGCGAGACCGACGAGAUGCGCCGUGGCCUCGACCGACUGCGUGCAUUCACCGACACUUGGCUGGCCUCGGCCUCACCAGAGUGCGACACCACACACGUGCGUGGCCAGCUGGAUGCUCUGGUACGUCGCCAUCAGCAGCUGGCACAUGACCUGCAGGACCGCUGUGGACAGCUCGAAGCAGCAGGAACAGUGGUGGCCCAAUAUCACGCAAAUGUAAAGACAGCCCAGCAAGACUUGAGUAACCUGGAAGAAGAGUUGGAAAGCAUGGGCCCCAUUGGGCGGGACAUCAAGACAGUACGAAGCCAGAUCGAUCAAGUGAAGAGCUUCCAAGGGCGCCUCUCAUCUGCUGCCCACGAGGUUGACAGGGCGGAGCAGGAGUGCCAGGAGCUGAUUUCUCAGGGAUACACUCAGGACGCCAAGGGCGCCCGUGCUCAGGUGGAGGCAUUGCGCAGGCAGCUCAACAGGCUGGAAGAGCGGGCACGUGGCCGUCACAGCUCACUGGAGGCCAUGUUGGCCAAACUGGAGAAGUUCUAUGAGGACCUGCACAUGACCCAGAGGCGUGUUGGGGGUGCUUUGGGUGAGGAGCACACGUUCCGGCCUGUGGCAGCUGAUGUAGAGAGCUUGCGCAGUCAGCAGGAGCAGUUCAAGCAAUUCCGCAAAUCUCAUGUGGAGCCACUGGGUCGUGAAGUUGACACUGUGAAUCGGGCUGGUAAUGCGCUGAUCCAGUCUGCAUCACCAGGUGUUAACACAACUCUUCUGGAACGAGACAUUGACAAACUCAAUGACGAAUGGAACCAGUUGAAGGAGAAGGUUGGAGAGCGUGAGCGUCUGCUUGAGGCGGCGUUGCUGCAGUCAGGCAAGUUCCAAGAGGCACUGGCCGGCGUGGCACGCUGGCUGGAAGACACGGAGGAGCUAGUGGCCAAUCAGCGGGCUCCAUCAGCUGACUACAAGGUGCUCAAGGCGCAGCUGCAGGAGCAGAAGUUCCUCAACAAGCUACUGCUCGACCGGCAGGGCAGCAUGAACUCGCUGCAGGCCAUGGGCACUGAGGUCAUGCGGCAUCUGUCAUCAGCCGACAAGGCCCAUGUUCAGGCACAGUUGCAUGAUCUGAGCCAGCGAUUUGACCGGCUCAUGCGAGGUGCACAGGAACGCACAGCAGCCCUGGAGAGGACACUGCCGGUGGCUCGAUCGUUCCAGGAGCAGCUGUCACCGCUUGUUGAGUGGCUGGAGCAAACAGAACGACGGCUCACGGCGAUGUCCACCUUGCCAACGGAUGCCGACCGUCUUACACAGCGGGCGCAAGAACACCGCGAACUUCAUCGUGACGUGUUGGGGCACAAGCGAGCGUUUGAGGCACUCACUGAGACAGCUCAGCAGCUUAUGUCUCUGGUGGGUGACGACGAGGCUCAGGCUGUGGUUGACUCACUCCAAGAACUGACGGAUCGUUAUGCUCGCCUCGUCGGAGACAGCGAGCGUCUGGAGCAGCUUUUGACGGAGGCACGUGCGGGCGCUGGCGCCUUUGCACUCGCCUUCGAGGACCUGCUUGUCUGGAUAGGAGAGAUGGAGUCGCGCCUUGCACGCUACCAAGUGCUCAGCGUCUACGUUGAGAAGUUGCAGGAGCAGUUUGACGAGCUCAAUGAGCUGAGUGAAGAGGUGUCUGACCACCAGAAGCAAGUUGAUGAGUUGAGUGGGUCCGGGCAGGAGCUGAUGCGGCAUGCAUCGGGCAAUGAUGCCAUCCAGCUCAAAGACCGGCUGGAUUCUCUACAGCUUCGUUACACAGACCUGGCACAGCGUGCAUCGGAGCGCCUGCGACAGGCCCGUGAGGCCCUGCCUGUAGCCCAAAGCUUCCACACUGCCCAUGAACGUCUCACUCGAUGGAUGGAUGAAGCUGAAGCACAGCUGCGGUCUCUGGAGGCCGCUGCCCUUACUGCCCAAGAGAGCACUAUGCAGCGUCUUGAGCAGGAGCUGCAGGAGAUGCGUGGUGUGUUGGAAGUUGUGAACCAUCUGGGCCCACAGCUGUGCCAGCGGUCACCUGGAGAGGGUGCAGGUGUGGUGGAAGCCAUGGUGUCUCGUGCCAACCGCCGUUUUGACGCCAUCUGUGAACAGAUUCAGCGGCGUGCCGAGCGUCUUGAGCUCUCGCGCCAGCGCAGCCUUGAAGUGACUGGUGACCUAGAAGACCUGCUUGACUGGUUCCACGAGGUGGAGCGCCAACUGGCUGACGCUCAGCCCAUUGUGGCCGAGCCAGACACCCUGGCGGCCAUGCUUCGGGAGCAGAAGGCCCUGAGCGAAGAGGUGAGCAGCCAGAAGGGCCGUGUGCGGGAUGUCUUGUCAGCAGCCAAGAAGGUGGCGAGGGAAUGGCCGGCUGAAGACCAGGCAGCUGUGCGGGACCGAGCAGAAGAGCUGCGAGCGCUGUCGACCCGCGUCGCCGAGGCAUGUGCCGAGCGGCUGGCAGCACUGGAACAGGCACUGCCACUGGCCGAGCACCUGCUUGAGGCCCACAGCGAGCUGGUUGCCUGGCUGGACGAGGCCGAGUCCGAGGCUGAAAGACUUGCCGCCCCUGCAGCUCCCCAUCCUGCGCACAUCCAGAGGCAGCAGGAGCGUAACCGUGCCCUGCUGCAAGCGCUGGCCGAGCACAAGCCACUGCUUGACCGGCUCAACAAGGCAGGCGCAGCACUCGCAAAACUGUGCCGACCGCCUGAUGCUCAAAAGGUGCAGCGGUUGCUCAGCUCAGACAAUGAGCGCUACAACGCACUUCGAAAGCUGCUGCGUGACCAGCAGAAUCUCCUUGAGGAGGCCAUGCAGUCCACCUCCCAGUUUGCUGACAAGUUGGACGGCAUGCUGAGUGCACUGGCUUCAACGGCAGACCAGCUGAACAAUGCGGAACCCAUCUCUGCACACCCCGAGCGCAUCCAAGAGCAGAUUAGCGACAAUCAGGCUGUGGUGAGCGACCUGGGAAAGAAGUCGCCCGCCUUGGAGGCUGUGCAGAAGGCUGCCCGCGAAGUCAUUGCCAAGGCUGGCGGAGACCAGGAGCCUAGUGUACGAGACAUCCGGCAAAAGCUGGAGCGACUCAAUGGCCUGUGGGAGGCAGUCCAGCAGGCAGCACGCACGCGAGGCCAGUCGCUGGAGAGCGCGCUGGCUGUGGCGGAGCGCUUCUGGGAGGAGCUGAACGCAGUCAUGCGGGCGCUUCGUGACCUGCAGGAGAACUUGGACAGCCAGGAACCACCAGCUGUCGAGCCGCAGGCCAUCCACCAGCAACAGGAGGUGCUGCACGAGAUCAAGCAGGAGAUGGACCAGACACGGCCCGAAGUGGACCAGUGCCGCCAGGCAGGUCAAGACCUUAUGCAGUUGUGCGGAGAGCCUGACCGACCGGAAGUCAAGCGCCACAUUGAGGACCUGGACUCAGCCUGGGAGAAUGUGACCACCCUGUAUGCCAAGCGAGAGCAAAACCUCAUUGAUGCCCUGGACAAGGCCAUGGGCUUCCAUGACACCCUUCAGAGCCUGCUCGAGUUCUUGGACACAGCUGAGCAGAAGUAUGCCACCCUUGGACCUGUGGCAGCUGACAUUGAUGCUGUCAAAGCACAGAUUGGACAGCUCAGGGACUUCAAGCGAGAAGUGGACCCACACAUGGUGGAGGUGGAGUCGUUGAAUCGGCAGGCCAAAGAGCUUUCAGAGCAGACGUCCUCCGAGCAGGCACGUGCAUUGCGGCAGCCCCUUGAUGAGAUCAACCGGCGCUGGACGGCACUGCUUCGUGGCCUGGUGGACAGGCAGCGCGAGCUUGAGAAUGCGCUGCUACGGCUGGGCCAGUUCCAGCAUGCGCUAGGAGAGCUGCUGGUGUGGAUGGCUCGCACUGAGCGUGCACUCGACGAGUGCCGUCCCGUAGCUGGCGAUGCCCAAGUCAUUGAGGUCGAGCUGGCCAAGCACAAGGUGCUAAUGAAUGACAUCCAAGCGCACCAAAGCAGUGUGGACACGCUGAACCGGGCUGGUCAUCAAUUGAUUGAAGCAGACCGGCACAGCGAGGACGCCAGUGUGACGCAGACCAAGCUGGCAGACCUCAACCGGCGUUGGAAGGCACUGCAGGACAAGGCAUCUCAACGCCAGCAGCAGUUGGAAGCUGCCCUGCGAGAGGCUCAAGCCUUCAACCAGGAGAUACAAGACCUACUGAUGUGGCUAAGUGACAUUGACGGUCAGUUAGCAUCAUCCAAGCCUGUCGGUGGACUACCAGAAACAGCAAGGGAACAACUAAACCGUUUCAUGGAGCUUUACAAUGAACUGGAUAGCAACAGACACCGGGUUGAGUCGGUGCUGCAGCAAGGCCAAGAGUACACACGUGCAGCCGAGGGCUCAACUGGGCUGCAGCACAGCUUGCGCACCCUCAAACAGCGAUGGGACAAUGUCCUCAACCGGGCCAAUGACCGGAAGAUCAAACUGGAGAUUGCACUGAAGGAAGCAACAGAGUUCCACGAAUCACUUCAGGAGUUUGUGGAAUGGCUCACACAUGCGGAGAAGUCUUUGGCAAGCCUGCGACCUGUGAGCCGAGUCUUGGAGAAUGUGCUAAGCCAGAUUGAAGAGCACAAGAGCUUCCAAAAGGAUGUGGGCGCCCACCGGGAAACGAUGCUGCAGUUGGACAAGAAGGGCACACACCUCAAGUACUUUAGCCAGAAACAGGAUGUGAUUCUCAUCAAGAACCUGCUCAUCUCGGUGCAACAUCGCUGGGAGCGCGUUGUCUCCAAGGCAGCAGAACGCACUCGCGCUCUUGACCAUGGUUACAAAGAGGCCAAGGAGUUCCAUGAUGCGUGGACUGAACUCGACCGAUGGUUGACAGAGGCGGACCAGAGCCUUGAUGAGCAGCCGCCGGCAGGCAAUGACCCAGAGAAGAUUCGGCGCCUGCUGGCACGGCACCGGGAGUUCCAACGCACCCUGGGGGCCAAGCAGCCGGCGUACGAUGCCUGCUUGCGCCAGGGGCGGCUUCUGCGCGAGCGCUGCCCCAAGGCUGAUCAGCCAGUGCUGCAGCGCAUGAGCGAUGAGCUCAAGGCCAAGUGGAAUGCCCUUUGCAACAAGUCGGUGGACAGGCAACGCAAGUUGGAGGAAGCGCUGCUCUUCUCGGGCCAGUUCAAGGAUGCAGUGCAGGCACUCAUCGACUGGCUGGACCGCGCCCUGACCUCCCUGCAAGCAGACCAGCUGCUGCACGGAGACCUCGACACGGUCAACAACCUUGUCGAACAGCACCGAAGCUUCCAAACGGAGCUGAAAAGCCGCUCGGCCAACCUGGAGUCAGUGCAGCGCACGGCCAGCGAGCUGCUCAAGACGGCCAGCGCCGACGAUGCGGCCAGCAUCCGCAGCCAGAUGUCAUCGCUCGAGUCAAAGUGGGAAGCUGUUUCCAAGCUCUCGGACACCAAGCAGCGCAAGCUCGAAGAGGCUCUCCGCCAGGCAAAGCAGCUGCACAAGGCUGUGCACAUGCUGCUGGAGUGGCUGUCAGAUGCAGAAAUGAAGCUGCGCUUUGCGGGUCCUCUGCCUGAGGACGAAGCAACAACACGGCAACAGAUGGAGGAGCACCAGCAGUUCAUGCGCGAGAUGGAGCAACAGGAGCACAACAAGGAGAGCACGAUAGCGCUAGCCCAGGAGAUUCUGUCCAGAUGCCACCCAGAUGCCGUGACGGUCAUCCGUCACUGGGUGACCAUUAUCCAGUCACGCUGGGAAGAGGUGUCCCUCUGGGCACGCCAGCGUGAGCAGAAGCUGGCCGAGCACCUGCGCUCGCUGCGCGAUGUGCUCGAGCUGCUGGAGGAACUGAUGCGCUGGCUGCUGGCAGCCGAGGCCAGCCUCAUGACUUUGGAAGCCCAACCACUGCCAGAGGAUGUGGCAGCAACAGAACGCCUUCUCGAUGACCACCGGCAUUUCAUGGACGACAUGUCCCAGCGGCAGGCCGACGUGGAUCGUAUCUCUAAGGCCUUUGCCAGUAAACGCCAGCCGGCCGCUGGCUCAGCCGCAGCUGGUGGAAUCAAGGACCGCCCAUCGCAGCAACGACAUGACCGACGCACGCCCCACGCAGCUUCUCAGAGUACGCCCCGGACAUCCACGCCCACGCGUGGGCAUGCUGCUGCAGAGCCUGAGAUCCGACACCCCCGUGCACGGGAGCUAGUGGAGAAGUGGCAGCACGUCUGGCUGCUGGCCAUGGAACGCCAGCGCCGACUGCUGGAACACCUCAAGUACCUGCAGGAGUUGGAGAGCAUCAAGAACUUCGACUUUGACGAGUGGCGCAGGAGGUUCCUUGGCUGGAUGAACAACAAGAAGUCUCGUGUGAUGGACCUGUUCCGCAAGAUCGACAAAGACAAUGACGGGAAAGUGACCAAGGAGGAGUUCAUUGAAGGAAUCCUCAAGUCGAAAUUCCCGACGAGCAGACUCGAGAUGGAAAGGGUAGCCGACAUCUUCGACCGAAAUGGCGAUGGCUACAUUGACCAUAAGGAGUACAUUGACACCCUUCGUCCUGAUCGAGAUUGCUUGGUUCAUGGUGCGAAGCAGAACAAGCCCCUUACGGAGGCCGAGAAAAUCCAGGAUGAAGUUCAGCGACAGGUUGCCAAGUGCACCUGCGUCCACCGCUUCAAAGUGUUCCAAGUGGGCGAGGGAAAAUACCGGUUUGGUGAAUCUCAGAAGCUGCGCCUGGUGCGCAUCCUGCGUAGCACAGUCAUGGUGCGUGUAGGUGGCGGCUGGGUGGCCCUCGACGAAUUCCUCGUCAAAAACGAUCCCUGCCGAGGAGGGAGAGAAGAAGCAUUGUUGCUAACACGGCUAAUAAUCGAGCAGUACCGACGCAGCCAGUCCAAACAGUUUGCAGUGCAAAUGGCGCCCACUUAUCCCUAACCCCCUCUUCUCGCGCGGCUGUGCCUUGCUGGGAUUUGGAAUGCGUUGUACUUAUGGGGGCCUGCCUGAGCAUGCUUGUCGCAUGCCUUCUGUGCAUGCUGACCGUACUACUGUCCGGCCCCUUUCCUUCUCUGUCUCUCUAUCACUCCACGCAAUUCUUUAUCUCAGGGGUGGCCAAACUGACGCGGGAGCAGCAUAGUUUUUCUUUGGUCUGCUUGUGACUCGCGACUGGUUUUUUGGUCAGGUGGCAGGCCUGAUCAAGCAGCAAGUCACCUGCUACCACAUGCAAUAGUCUGCUAGCAUACACCAAAUGAGGCAACUUUCGCAAUCUUUUGCUUCUGCCGUUCCCCAAUUGGUGUUUCUUCGCUGGGACCUCAAAUAGUAAAGAGGCAGCCAAUGUCAUAAAGGUCAAAAACUCCUGCGUUUUGCUGCAACUCUUGAGCAAUGCACGGUCAGCCUUUUUGUGACUAUUUAAACACAUCUGUUUGACCACCCCUGCCCUAUCUUGAGCCUACAACCUUAUGGGCAAACAUCUCACCUGCAGCAGUGUCGGAUUUCACUCCCGACUCUGUUAUAAUGUGCUAAAAGACUUUCUUCAGUUUUUUUUUCUGGCUUGCACAAAAGACUAUUAGCUGUAGUAUCCAGAGUAUGUCUCCUGUGUCUGAGAUAUCUUGUAUAUAUAUAUGUAUAUAUUAAAAGCUUGGAACACAUGCAAUGCAGCUGUGUUGGUUUUACCUUUUACAGGCAGACUACCGUAUUUACUUCAAAAUAGGUCGAGCACAAAUAUAGGUUUACCCCUAUAUAUAGAACUCUCCGAGAGAUGAAAAAUUAUGAGUCAAAUAUAGAUUGACCAUAACUUUUUCAGAAAAAUCGAAGAACUUUGAACAUGACACAUCUUCAUUUACCACAAGUUCAGCUACUAAAUCUCGCUAGUUGAUACCACCAGUGGCAUCCUCGUCGGAUGCUUCACAGGCAUCCUUGGCAUACCAAACGACAUUGUCCUUGGUGCCGUUGAGUGCGUUGGAUAUGCAGCACUUAAAGCCACUAUUGGUAAUAUUCAGGCUGGCUUUACAGCAGGCGCCACCAGGAACUCCGUUAACUUGGUACUUUUGCUUGCUUUGUUCCCUAGCUAUGUCAGCUUGUCAAGAUUCUUUGGUCACAAAAUAGAUUGACGGUGCACUUCCGAAAAAAAGAAGGUCGACCUAUCUUCGUAUAAAUACAGUGGUUUAAAUUGUUUGUUUGUAAAGGUUAAUAGGAAUUUUUCCUGCAUGAACAUGCUGUAAAUUUUAUUUUAAGGUUGCCUUUUUAGAAGUGGCAUAAUGUUCAUAUCUCGCUGCAGGCUUUCAGCUCUGUGAGAUGUUUGCCAUGGUGUAAGACGAUACGGCACCAGCUUCCUGGAUGUUCACCAUAAUGUUAAGCAAGCAUGUAACAUUAAUAGGAAUGGUCUCUUGCACAUUUCCUCCCCUUGGCAACAGGCUGCGCCAUGUCACACACGUGUUCUAGUUCGAAGCAUUGGUAGUGCACGUCCAUCAGUGACAAGCCGCUGUACAUAACAUCUCCUAACCAAAUUUAAGCUCUGUGCCACAUCCCGCUUUCAUGGCAUGCCACAGGGCUCACAUGCAUCAAGAUGCAUACUAUGUAAGUUGCUGUGGAUCUUUGUACAGGAGAGAUGUGUGAAGCAGGCUUAUUCUUUGGGUGUGGUGGACAUCCAUGGGGCUUUGCCAACAAGCUCUGCCUUUAUUUCCCUGCGAUGUGGUGAUUGUAAUCAGAUUUGUAUAGUGUGUUUACAAGAAACAAAGAGAAAUGAGCAGCGUACCACGUCAAAAAAAUGCAAAUUCAGUCGACUCUUUAAAGUGAGCUUGGAAAAUAAAUGUAAACUGUACAUCUGAAGUGAUGUUUAGGUUGAUGAAACUGAGUGAAGUUUUCGAGAACAGUCCAGUUUAUCAUGGAAUUCAAGAUGACAAAUUUUAUCUUAAUGUAAUCUACUUGUAUGUUAUUUGGAUUUCUCAUUGUUAUGCUUGU